CUGAAGGCAGCAUUCGUCCAUUUUGCCUUUAACUUGCGCCUGCGCAGUUUUGCGUGGCUGACCUUCAUCGGAGUAACCAUGUUCGCCAGGAGCAGCGCGUUGGUUUUCUCCCCACAAUGUGGGCAGGUCAGGAACAUGGCUACCUUGAAGGACAUCACCAUCCGGUUGAAGUCCAUCAAGAACAUCCAGAAAAUCACCAAGUCCAUGAAGAUGGUAGCCGCUGCCAAGUAUGCUCGCGCUGAGAGGCAGCUGAAGCCAGCCAGAGUCUACGGCACCGGCGCUCUGGCCCUGUACGAGAAGGCCGAGAUCAAAGCGCCGGAGGAGAAGAGCGCCAAGCACCUGCUCAUUGGUGUGACUUCCGACCGUGGACUCUGUGGCGCCAUCCACUCUGGCGUGGCCAAGGUCAUCAAGAGCGAGAUCGCCACCCUGACCGGUGCUGGCAAGGAGGUCAUGGUGAUCAAUGUGGGAGACAAGCUGAGAGGCCUGCUGCACAGAACUCAUGGAAAGCACAUCCUCCUGAACUGUAAGGAAGUCGGCCGCAAGCCCCCCAGCUUCACCGACGCUUCGAUUGUCGCCGCCGAGCUGCUCAACUGUGGAUAUGAAUUCGACCAGGGCUCGGUCAUCUUCAACAGAUUCAGGUCUGUUAUCUCAUACAAGACCGACAACAAGCCCGUGUUUUCUGUAGACUCCGUUGCUAACGCAGAGACCAUGGGCAUCUAUGAUGAUAUUGAUGCUGAUGUGCUGAGGAACUACCAGGAGUUUUCUCUGGUCAAUGUCAUCUACCUGGCCAUGAAGGAGUCCUCCACCAGUGAGCAGAGUGCCAGGAUGACUGCCAUGGACAACGCCAGCAAGAACGCCUCUGAUAUCAUUGACAAGCUGACCCUCACCUUCAAUCGUACCAGGCAGGCCGUCAUCACCAAGGAGCUCAUUGAGAUCAUCUCUGGUGCUGCUGCUCUAUAAACUGGCGAGACCAUCAUUUCCAUUACCUAUAGCUCUUCAGAGUACUUCAGGCACGUGUCGUCGAGAGUCUAUGAACAUUUGUGCUUCUAUUUGUAAAAUAUAUGGAGAAAAUAAACCUCUUACAGAUUCCUCAUCCUUUCAUCAGUUCCUGUAUCUGUUUUUCCUCCCAAUAAAUGCUGAUGACUGAGAAAGAUGAA